AUGACGACGCACAUCGGCAACCGGGCCCUCCCGCCAAAGAACCGCGCCCGCAUCUACCGAGGGGACUUUUGGCACGAUUUCUCGCAAACCGACCAACAACAGCUUGCGAACGUUCGCUCCAAGCGGAACGGACAGCACUUGCAGGGCGGCUCGAUGGCGCAAAAUUCUGGCUCACCUCAUAACAAGUCUCGGUCCCACGGCCAAGGAGUCAGGUCUGUCCAGGCCACGCCAACCGAGUAUUACUCUCCGUAUCACUAUCCAAGCGAGACCCCGGCUUUCCAUGUCCGGGAGAGAACAACAUGCAAUGAUUACAGUACCUCGUACGACUGGACACAACCACCCACCCAGCCUGCAGACUUUCCUGCCGACGACUUUGGAAGCCAUGAAUACCCAGAUGACGACCUGUUCUACAGCGCAACCCAGUCCGAAGGCGUGCUGCCGAACUCGUUUGACGUCAGUGAUACCCACAGACUGUACCAAGCAUACAAUCUAGAUCCAAGCUUGGGCGUCCCCCUUCAGCCAUCAACAUCAUGCGUAGAUGUUCCGGGAUCGAUGCCCUCCACCACUGCUGAAGGGCUCUUGCCUGCCCAGUAUGAAAGCUCCGGCUUUUGGAAUGACCCAUCCUUCUCAACUGUGUCAUCUUUUCCGCAUACUGGAGGGUCGGUCGGCACCAUCGAGAGCUUUGAUCCCAUCACGGAUCAAGCCGCCCACGAUUCAUUGCCUCAUAUAAUAUCGUUUGAAGAGUCGGCACCAACCUCAACCCAUCGACCGCUGAGUUCUUCCGGGGUCCAUACAAGUAACACUUCCCAAAAGGUUAACCCCCAGGUCCAUUUCCAGGAUCCGAGACUAACGAGAGUAGAUGCGACGAAAGUCCAGCCUCCAAUCAAAGGGAGCCUCAAAGCAGCGUGCCACUGGUCGCCCGUCUCGGGAACAAGUUCCAACCGAAACAUGGGAGGCAUUCAAGCCAACGAUUCGAGAGCUAUAUCUCGACCAACGCAAGCCCUUGAAGGAGGUUAUCCGCAUAAUGAACGAGCGACACGGAUUCGAAGCAACGUUAGCAUACAACCCUACGCCGUGCGAAUGCCUCCCACGCUGACAAAAGCCAGUCCCAAAAUGUACAAGACGAGGUUCUCACAGUGGGGUUUUGUAAAGAACAACACGGAGGACGAAGUCAAGAUGCUACUGUCGACAAAAUUCGAAAGAGAUGCAGAGGGCAAAAUAUCCGAGUUUACACGCAACGGCAAAGUCGUCAACCUGGCGACUUAUCUCAGGCGCAAAGGUGUGACAGAAUAUGACCUUGUCGACUUUGAAACGGCGUCGGAACUGCCCUCGCAUAUUCGCGUUCGUACGCCUUCCCCACCCCCAGCACCUGGCUAUUUGCGAUCACCAGACCUCAUACGCGCGCAGGAGAUCCUCGUGAUCAACAUGAGGAAGGCUUUGAUGCACUGUCAGCAAAAUGAUCGCAGCGAUGCCCAUCAGCACGGGUGGGCGUCGCUGCUGUUGUGGGGUGCCGGGUCGAGUCACAUGCUGUUUGAAGCUGGCAAGUUGUUCGAACAACAAAGAAACGACCUGGCCGGCAAUCUCCUCAUGCACGCAUUCCGGCGGUUAGAGGUUGACCUACGACAGCUUUCCGCGCAAGGCAUCAAGGAACUGUUGUUCGGUAUGUCAAAUCGACAUCCCGGCAUGAUGACGGCCUUGUCCCGGUAUCUAGCAGCGUACGCUACCAGGAACUACGAGCGGCUGCACCCGCUCCGGCUCAUCUUCACCAACAUGUACCAGAUACGACAGAAGCACGGCCCUGCUGCCCUCUCAAGUCUCAUUUGGAGUGCCAUGCCAUCUGUGGCUGAGGAGAUUGAGUCCACCUACGGCUCACAGUCGCCACUCGCCGUCAGGACAUGGAUGGAUCUCUCGAUGCUCUACGAUCAUACCAGUACCUAUCGUAUGUCCCACCUGUACGACCAGCUGGGUCACCUGAGCCACAAGUACGUCAGUUCAACCGAAGACGACAUGGCCUUCCGCUACGUACGCAUCCAGCUCUCGGCUUUUGCCGACCAAAGCGGCAACGCCCACCGAGAGCAACUCGUGACUACCUGGAACUACUGCGUUGCAAACAAGCUCGUGUUUGGCAUACGUGGCAGGCCAGACGUCUACUGCUACCACUCCGUUUUGCAAAUCAAGCCGUGGAUGAAACGUGUGAGGCAGCGAUAUGGCCAGACGCUCAAGAGCACUGAGCUUUUGCUCAGUUGCAAGAUGAUAUGCUGCUUCGCCGAGGAUCCACAUCCCGUGGAACAUGUUGAUGAGACGGAUACACUUGAUGCACACCCUCUGCUUCGUUUGCCGGUGUGUCUGGCAGGCUUGCGGCCGUCAUCUUCUACAGCACCAGCAGCGGCUUAAGGCCCAGCAGGGCGCGCUGUGGAAGUCCUAAUGGUGGCCUUUGACGGGGCGCCGACAUGUCGGCCUGACUACCCCUUAUGGGCGAUGUUCCCUUCUUGGCACCACGAUAGAUAGAGCAGGGGAGGCCAGGUUCAGUAACAUGGGUUCGCAGCUGCCAAGGGAGGGUGUCAGUCUCCACGCUUGUUACUGCAAUGACAUGGUCCCUUCAGAGUGUUGA